AUGGAGAAUAAGCCCCCAUGGACAAAAGCCAAGUCUUCAAAGUUUGCUGAGGCAAGACGUCAAAGGGCCAGGCCCGAGGCGAUAAUUGUAAAGAUAGCAGAAAUCAAAAUGUAUGCCGAGGUCCUGGCCCUGAUGAAGAGGGUCAAUGUGUUUAAGCUCGGGGCAGGCGUGGGGUCAAACAGGGAGACGAGAUCAGGUAGUGUACUUGUCAAGUUGAGAGACACCACAACUAACUGCCGCGAUGCAUUCACCGAUGCGCUAAAAAACGCUGUGGCAGGCGCUGGUGGCGUGAGAACCCUUUCCCCGCGUUUGACAUACGAGAUUAGAGACGUUGACCCUACCGUGACAGAGCAGGACGUGCAGGCUGCACUUAGGCGCUGUUUUGAGGAAGAGAAGGCUCCUGUCAUGGCGGUGCGGCUGUUGUCUGGCACUGUCAGAGGAAAUCAGGUUACCUACGUUGAGGCACCUGCGACGGAAACUACGAUCCUGAAUAAGAUGGAUCACAUGAGGCUGAGCUGGGUCAACUGCAGGAUACGGCUUAAGUCUACAGUUGAGUGCUUCUUUAAGUGCCUGAGCUUUGGCCACAUUGCCAGGCAGUGUGGUGAGCCUGACAGGACCGGAGUGGGCUGGAGGUACGAUGGAAGGAACCACGUAGUACGGAACUACUCCAAAAAAGAAGUGAGCUGUUACCUUGUGAAUGCGUCAUCCCUAAACCGGACACCAAAUUCGCCGCUGGGACUGCCGGGUAUCAAGGAAACCUUGAUAGGACCAUACUUGCGCAUUAACCUGCUGGACCAGCUUGCACGUGUCUGGGGUGUGGACUUGCUCUUUAAAAAUAAGCCGUCCCACACGUCACUGGGCCAGGGCUGGUACUACGACAGGAUGAAAUGCGCGGCCAGUCUGAUCCGCAGCGAUAGGCUCUCCAUAUCCGAUACCGGAGGCAGAGACGGUAUCAUGUGGAUCAGGUGUGAAAGGCGGCUUGCCAAACUCGAGGAUGCUGUUCACGUGUGUGGGGCAAAUGGUAACGUGGUCCUGGUCGGCGACUACAACUUCAAGGCCAUCGCUUGGAGGGAGCCAAGAACCGACUCCAGGGGGCAGGCGGUGAUAGAGUUUGCCGCAAGGCUAGAUCUCAUCGUCAUGAAUUCUGGUAGUUCAGCAACGUUCAGGCAGCCAAGUGACCGGGGCACGAUCAUCGAUCUUACGCUAAUAUCAUCACAAAUGGUGGCGUGGGUGUCUGACUGGCAAGUCCUGAAGAACUACACGGCAAGUAAUCACCAGUAUCUCAGCUUUGAAGCCAUGGUAAGUGCGCCCCCUCCUAUUGAUUUGAGCAAGAUCUUAAAUACGGCAGAGGUCGAGGCACUCAUAAGUGGCACUAUGAGACGGGUCAAGGAAUGGUGCAACGCGUGUAUGCCUAAAAGGUUUGCCAGAAAGGGUCAACGUUCGUGCUACUGGUGGACCAAAGAAAUCGCUUACUUGCACGGGGAGGCGCAGCAUCUACAACGUCUUUCACAGCGACACAGAACUUGCGAAGAUGUCGAGGUAGCUGUUGCCGCAUACAGGAACGCAAAAAAGGCCUUGGUGAGGGCGAUCAAGGUAAGCAAGAACCGUCGCUGGCACAAACUCAUUGCUGAGACGGCGAUCUCCUGCUUUUUUCCAGAGCAUCCUGAUAAGAGGUGGAAGGACAUGAAAACAGGCCAAGUGUCUCUCUUUACCCUAAAUGAAUUGAGGUCAGUGGCAUCGAAGACGCUAGGCCAAAAGGCCUCUGGCCCGGACAGGGUGCCGUCUGAAGUCCUCAAGGUCGUAGCUGUGGAGAAACCGAACUUUUUGCUGGACAUGUUUAAUGCGUGCCUGGGCGCUGGACUGUUCAGCGACCAUUGGAAGAUCUAA